AUGACGGGAUCCCUUGUUGCAAGGCUCGUCCUUCGUCGACGGUCGCUGGCAAGCCGAUUCUUCCCCCGCCGAGAAGUUUCCCUGCCUGCUUCAGAGAGGAUGAAGGACGCCAUCGCGCCGCCAAAGGAAUUGCCGGCGUUCGACUACUCUCCGUUGGCAUACUACGGUCCCGACGGCGAUGAGAUUCUCGGGAAGCGCAGGGAGUAUCUCAGCCCUUCGAUCCUCCACUCGUACAAAACUCCGCUUAAUGUGGUGGAGGGGAAGAGGCAGUAUCUGUUCGAUGAUAAGGGAAGGAGGUACGUGGACGCGUUCGGAGGGAUUGCUACGGUGUGCUGCGGGCACUGCCACCCUGACGUGGUCGCAGCCAUCGUCGAACAAACGAAACGCUUGCAGCACUCCACGGUUCUCUACCUGAACCACGCCAUAGCUGAUUUUGCUCAGGCUUUGGCUUCUAAGCUUCCCGGUAAUCUUAAGGUGGCGUUUUUUACUAAUUCUGGAACGGAAGCGAACGAAUUAGCGAUUCUGAUGGCAAGAUUGUACACCGGCUCCCAUGACAUAAUAUCUCUAAGGAAUUCUUACCAUGGAAAUGGUGGUGGAACAAUGGGGACCACAGCUCAAAGCAUAUGGAAACAUAACGUUGGCCAGAGUGGUGUUCAUCAUGCGGUAAACCCAGACCCUUACAGGGGUCUUUUCGGUUCGGACGGAGAGAAGUAUGUAAGGGAUGUUCAAGAAAUCAUUAAUUUCGGAACUUCCGGAAAUGUUGCAGCCUUCAUAUCUGAAGCUAUACAGGGAGUAGGGGGCAUCGUUGAAUUGGCUCCUGGUUACUUGCCUGCUGCCUACGACAUUGUUAGACAAGCUGGAGGUAUUUGUAUUGCCGACGAAGUUCAGUGUGGGGUUGCUCGCACUGGUAGCCAUUUCUGGGGAUUUGAGGCCCAUGGUGUUGUACCUGACAUAGUAACAAUAGCAAAGAGCAUUGGAAACGGCAUUCCUCUUGGUGCUGUGGUAACUACUCCUGAGAUUGCGAAGGCCUUGACUCGCCGAAGUUACUUUAACACCUUCGGUGGGAAUCCUGUUUGCACAGCUGCAGGAUUGGCUGUUUUAAGAGUGAUAGAGAAAGAGAAGCUUCAAGAGAAUGCAUUUGUAGUGGGUUCCUAUUUGAAAGAGAGGCUCAAUACACUGAAGGACAAAUAUGAACUAAUUGGUGAUGUGAGAGGACAAGGCAUGUUGCUUGGAGUGGAACUUGUCACCGAUCGCCAACUUAAAACACCCGCACCAAAUGAAACACUGCAUGUUAUGGACCAAAUGAAAGAAUUAGGAGUGCUGAUUGGAAAGGGUGGCUAUUAUGGAAAUGUAUUCAGAAUUACGCCUCCCCUAUGUUUCACCAAAGAAGAUGCAGAUUUCCUCGUGGAUGCGAUGGACUACACAUUUUCCAGAAUGUGA